UUCUACUUCUUUUUUUAGAGCCAGCCGAGGCUGAGUGUAGCAACGUCACAUGUUGUUUUCCUCAAACACUCGCAGUGAGCCGUCAUGUUCAUCCAUCGCUGCGGACCGGAACGACGCGCAUCCCGAAUAUAGUUUGUUUCAUGCGGUUUAUUUCGUGUUUUUGGAUCUCUUUUUUUAAGAAGAUAGUGUAAUAAGUUUUGCGCCUGGUAAAAGGUAAACGUUGGACAACAACAACAAAAAAAAAAUGGCAAGUCCUCCCGCGACGGGUGGACACCUGUUUACGAACAACGUCAAAAAGUGCGGAUACCUUCGCAAGCAGAAGCACGGCCACCGACGGUUCUUCGUUCUGCGGGAGCACGGCGACUGCUCUCCCGCGAGACUCGAGUACUACGAGAGCGAGAAGAAAUGGAAGAACAAGUCCGCCGCGAAACGGAUCAUAACUUUAGACUCUUGCCUGUGCGUCAACAAGCGGGCGGACGCCAAACACAAGCACCUCAUCGCCCUGUACACCAAGGACGAGUACUUCGCCGUGGCGGCCGAGAACGAGAAGGAGCAGGAGUGCUGGUACGGGGUCCUGUCGGAGCUCAUCACCGAGGGCAAGAUGUUCGACAGCCCGGCGUCCACGUCGUCAUUGGUGGGCUUCGAGGAGGCGAACUACGGGCUCGUCACGCCCGCCACCUCCGUGUAUAGGGAGGUAUGGCAGGUCAAUUUGAAAUCUAAAGGACUGGGUCAGAUCAAGAAUCUGACCGGAGUGUACCGACUGUGUUUGUCCAGUCGCACGAUCAGCUUCGUGAAAAUAAACUCUGACGUGGCGGCUGUCAGCUUACAGCUCAUGAAUAUUCGACGAUGCGGCCACUCGGAUACUUUCUUCUUCAUCGAAGUGGGCCGUUCCGCCGUCACGGGGCCCGGGGAGUUCUGGAUGCAGGCGGAGGACUCUGUGGUGGCGCAGAACAUCCACGAGACCAUCCUGGAGGCGAUGAAGGCGAUGAAAGAGCUGUCGGAAUUCCGACCGCGCAGUAAAAGCCAGUCCGCCAGCACCAACCCCAUCUCCGUCCCCACGCGACGCAACCUCAACAACCUCCCCCCGAGCCAAACUGGUCUCGUGCGGAGAUCCAGGACCGACAGCGUCGCCGCCACGUCCCCGGGUCGCAAGUUCACGUCCUGUCGGAUCCGAACGGCCAGCGAGGGUGACGGUGGCAUGGCCCGCCCGGUGUCCAUGUCCAUCUCUCUGAGCGAGAGCCCCACCAGCCCCCACUUCGGUCCCUCCCACUUGAUCCGCUCGGCGACCCUGAGCAGCGGACGGACGUGCCGGAUGCUGGACUCCAACCUGCACCACAGCCGCUCCAUGCCCGUCUCGCACUCCCCUCUGGCGGGGUCCAGCCCCAUCAGCAUGUCCCCGUGCAGGGGCGCGCCCGCCAACAACGCCUCCACCCCCGACCUCAAGGCCCGCCGCCCCUUCAGCUGCAGUGCCUCCAUCUCGGGCUCCCUGAGCGACACGGGCUUCAUCCUGGGGGAGGAGUUCGGCUGCAGCCCCGGAGACCCCCGCUUCCUGCCGCUGACCCGCAGCGACACGCCCGACUCCCUGUGCAGCACGCCGCCGUCCCGGGACCCCGGCGAGCCCCUCUGCGGGUACAUGAUGAUGGAGGGUGGGGGCCCCCGCAGCCGGGGAGGGGCCGACACCGACGACGACAAGGCGUACCGGAAGCGCACGUACUCCCUGACCAUGCCACGGCAGCACCGGCCGGUGGCGCCGGCGCUCUCCUCGGCCUCGCUGGACGAGUACACGCUGAUGCGCACGGCGGCGGCGGCGCAGCUCUCGGCCUCGCCCAAAGUGGCGUACCCGGAGGACUACGGCGCCGUGGUGAUCGGCGCGGCGCCCUCGCCGCCGUCGUCGUCGUCGUCGUCGUCCCCGACGCCGCGCAGCCUCGACGACGGUCACCGCGGCAACAACAACAACCACCACCGCCAGGAGGAGGACGGCGGCUACGUGCCCAUGACGCCGGGCGCGGCGGUGGCGGCGAGGGCAGACGGCAAGACGGAUGACUACAUGCCCAUGAGCCCAAUGUGCGUGUCGGCGCCCAAGCUGAUCGUCAACCCCCGGAUGCACGACGGCGGCCGCAAGGCGGGGUCGCCGGGUGGCGGCGGCGGCGGCGGCGGCGGUGGUUCGUCGGAGGACUGCGGCUACAUGAGGAUGUGGCGCGGCUCCGUGGACAGCCCCGACGGCCGCGCCCAGGCCCCGCUCGGCGGGGAGUACAUGAACAUGUCGCCGGGCAACCCGCCCCCCCUGCAGACGCCGCCCGACUACUACUGCCUGGGCCCCCUGCCGGGAGCCGCGGCGACGGGCAGGGGGCCACAGCCCGCCCGGGCGCAGACCCCCCGGGCCAAGGAAGGCGACGCCCCCGGCGGCGGCGGCCAGUACGUUCUGAUGAGCCCCCAGAGCCAGCGGCCGCAGGGCGGGGAGGCCGACUACUACUCCGUGAUGCAGCCGGCCCCGGGCUCGCCGGCACACUUGGCGGCGGCGGCGGCGCCCUCUCCGGCACGCCAGGGUCGCCCUGAGGGCGGCCUGGCGUUCCGGCCGCGGCCGGGUCGGCCCAACCGGCUGGCGCUGGACGCUGUGAGGACGCUGCCCAGCAUGAACGAGCACCCGGCGCCCGGCGAGCCGCGCAGCCCGGGGGAGUACAUCAACAUCGACUUUGGCGGCCGCCGGUGCUCGCCGCCCUCGCCGGCGGCCGCCGGGGGCGGGGCCUCGGCGGGGGGCCCGCGGCGGACCCCGCUGUCGGGCUACAUGAACCCGGAUCCGGGGGCGCACUCGCCCCGGGAGGCGGCGGAGGCCGGCCUGCCGCAGCCGGACGAGCUCCCGGAGGCGUCCAUGUGUCCGUUCCAAGAGGGGGGCGGGGCCUACCGACGGGACGGGGGACAGAGGGCCCCCGAGACCAAGAGCGAGUACACGGAGAUGACCUUUGGCCCCCCGGGCCCGCCUCUGCAGGUCGUCCGUCCGACCCCGGCAGCGGGCCCGAGCGGCGUCGGGGACCGGAGCCUCUCCAUGGAAGACCCGAGGCUCCCGGAGGUCCUCGGGGCCUUCCUGCUGGGGGCCUCGCCCCCCCCGGACCCGGACCGCGCCGCCAAGGUGAUCCGGGCCCACCCCCAGGGCCGGCGGCGCCACAGCUCCGAGACCUUCUCGUCCACGGCCACCGUCACGCCCGUCCCGCCCUCCUUCGCCGCGGGCGCCGCCGGUGCCGCCCUCCGGCGGCACAGCUCCGUGGAGAACGUGUCGUCGCGGAGCAGCGAGGGGUCCGACGAGGAGUGCGGCAGCCCGCCCGGCCCGCCCACCACGUUCGCGGCGGCGGCGUCCGGCGGCGGCGGCGGCGGCGGCUUCCACCGCAGCGGCCUCAGCAGCUACAUGGCGCUGAACCUGCUGGAGAAGAACGCCGGCGCCGAGAAGCUCAAGGACGCGGGCGGCUUCAAACCCGCCAACAGCUGCAAGGGAGGGGUCAGUGGAUUACACGCGGCGCCCUACGUCUGUCUGGGGUUCAAGGAGGCGGCCACCACUGCACAAGACUGAUGGCUGAACUCUGACCUCUGUGACCCACCCGCACCCCACACACAACGUACCACCUGCUCAACCUUCUCCAUGUCUCCCGGGACCGACCCAGAAGUGUCUGGACACUCGGCAACAUGGAGCCUCCACCUUCACCUCCUCCUUGCCCUACAAUACACAAUGCACUCAUGUCUGGUAUUUGGCUGACAAACAAGUCAUGAACUAUGCAUGUGAUGAAUGCACGGAACGUGUGUGUGUGUGUGUGUGUGUGUGUGUGUGUUGAAAUGUCGUGUCCCGUGACAGGACAGAGACGGUUAAGUAACAUAGCAACUACACAAGCUCAGAGCGGUAUACUCCACUCUUUUUGUGAGUGUGCCUGCAGCCACCUAAGACUGUGCACAUUUCACCCACCACAGACACAGAACCCCUACCACACACAGGAGGAUAUAGAAAUAUAUAUAUAUAUAUAUAUUAAACGUAUAUAUCUGAAUUUGUAUUUAUUUUUGGAAGAUGAAUAUUUGAUAAAGACCAGCCUUACUUGCUUAAUGUCUAUAAUGCCCCUUGUGUUCUUUUCACAUUUUCUUUCUAUGACCGAUAUAUUUUAAUGUCUAUUUCAGGACCUAGAAGUCUCGCUCUAUAUCUAUUAUUAUUUUCUUGUCAACAGUAAAAUACCUAGUUUACUAAUAGGAAAGAGAUAUAUUAUGAUUUUCAGAAAUGAACAGUGGGAAUGCUUCCGAUGGAAUCGAUCGAAUCAUCACGAAAAACAAAAUAUUUUCUUACUUCCUAAAUUCUGUAUUUAAUCUAUCUUAGCUUAUCUUUAUUUUUUUCCGUAAUAUGUAUUUUAUUUUUUCCUUCCCGAUCUACGCAUUGGGCACAAAGAACUAUAUUUGUAGACGUUGUUUUCAGAGUUAUCGGAGUUAACGUGAGAGUUAUUGGGAGGGUUAACGUUUAUCCUCGUGCGCCAUCUCAGGUGCCCGUGGGAAUCCGAAUGCACUGCGCCUUUUCUCGCACGUUCCGUAAGACCCCUGCUGCUCUACGACCGACCCUGCACACACACCCUGACCAACCUCCAAGCACUCCUACUACCUUCGUCUGGCUGUCGAAAGAUCGGACCUCAAUCACUGCUUUAUAUCGGACGUUAAAAAAAUCGGAUGUUUUUUUUUUUUCUGACAUGCGAGUCUAAUACUUGUCUUGUGCUGUUAAACGGUUAAAGUUCGGCUUGAGCAGACGGUGGCAGCAGUGUGUGAUGGGACGGUUUUUCGGCGCAUCGUAUUUGUUGAAGCCCAGAAAUUGACCUGCCCGUUAUUUAAUUACGUCAUUCGGUGGCAGCAUUUGCCCCCUCAUUUGUGCUCAUUUAGACCACACACACACACCCUCGCAAACGAAUGGUCAAUUGCUAAUGGUUAGCGCUGGCGUCAAGGUCUCACAGAGCACAGAUUGUAAAACACACACACACACACACACACACACACACACACACAGGUAAUACUCUGUCUGAAUGUAUUUAUUUUUUUGCACCCGGUUAACUUUCACACCAAGCACAGGAAGUGAAUGUGUGGAAAUAAUGACAACAAAAAAUAUUUACAUAUUAUUCAUUUUUGUUUUAUUUAUCUUAACGGAGACCUUACCAUGUACAUACCGUGUGCAUAUCAGAGAGUUUAUUACAAAAUUGUUUUAAAGAAAAAUCUAUAUAAAUAGGCAUAGAGUUCUUAGAUUUUACCUCUGUUGCAAAGAUGUUUCGUUGACUUUGGCUACCAGUUUUUAAAUAUUGGGGCUGCACAGUGUUGUGACGCUACCUUCCUUUUACAGACACCCUAUGUGAUGAUAUAUAUCUAUAAAUAUAUAUAAAUAGCAGUAUAUUUUUAUUACUGAAUUCUCAUUGCCUUGUCGACACACUUUAACCUAAUGGCAUAUUAUGCAAUAGCGAUAUCAGAAGAGAGCGAAGUUUACAACCUCGGAACCAAAAUGCGCAGAUGGAUCAAAAACCACAUUUAUAUAUAUAUAUAGGGUUUUUAUUUGCGUGGAAGAAAGGAAACUAUUUUGCUCUUUGUUUAUUUCUCUUUUUCAGACAACUUGUAUUUUAUUUUUUUCUGUUUUUGUUUGUGUUUUUUCUGUGGUCUUGUCUUUUCUUAGAACCACUCGAUACCGCUGGUGGCUCCCAGAAUGCAUCUGGAGUUAAUUUCGGAGAAGCGUUCUGUGAGUCACGGGCAGGAGUGAGGUCUUCCAGUGUACAUAGUCCAACGAAAUGCUUAUUGCAAUGCUCACAAGAGACGACGAUGUACAUUUCUGGUAGUAUAAAUAGGCUAUUGCUUUUUGUUCUGUAUUGAUUUAUGGAUAGAAACUUGCAGAAAACAAAUAAAUGUAUUUAAAGAGGUA